AUGCGUUUAAAUAGAGCAGAAUUGGUUUUUGAAGUAAAGAAUAUUUUCAGCUAUGGAAGUGAAAUCAAAAUGGCAACCGAAAUUGAGAGAACCAUUGUCUUUCCCAAUGCUGGAACCUAUAAUAUUUUUCAAACAAUAAUUGUAUAUGCAAAUCGUGCUCCAGCUGGUAAAAACAACAGUUGGAUUUAUGAUUGUGUUUUCAGAGAUGUUGUAUUCCCAGUCCUUGCAGAUCAUGUAGAACAUGAAACUGUCAUUGCUAGUGAAAUAUAUCAAAUAUUUGGUCAAGGUAAAUCAAGAUGGAUGGAAGAAAAUUAA